AUGAUGAUCCUGCUAUAUACUAUAAUUAGGGAUAAGCUAGUAAUAGAUAAAGGAGUCCUCUACUUUAAGAUAGAGGCAGCUAGCCUAAUAAACUACUUUUUGUGUUUAGUAAUCUAUAGGGUUCUCUACUAUAAUAGCGGCAGUAUACAUAUAGGACCUUCUCUAGUAGAUCCUACUAAUAAGGUUAAGCUUUACCCCCUUGAUCUAUCUAUAAACGCUAACUAUAUAAGGAAGCUUCACUAUAAGGGAAUAGGAUGUGGUAAGACUAUCCUUAGUGUAACUAUGCUAGAUUAUCUUAUAAAGGGAAGCAGCUAUCUUAUCCUUAGCUUCUUCUUUGACUUUAGUAAUAAGCCGCGAUUAGCCUUCGAUAAAAGCGCUCUUGGAUACUUUCUUUAUAAUGCUCAUAGCUUAAGAGCAGGUUAUUAUCGUUCUGGAGCUAUAGAUGAGUUAAUAUUGAGGGAUGAGCUUCUCUGCUAG